AUUCUCGAAGCGGGCACUGCUUCCUGUCCCAACCUGGACAGUCCGCGGGAGGUGGCCAACACUUUUCGGCUAGACAGAGAUGCGCGACCCUCUCGCCAUGAUGCCCUGCACACCUUCCGAGCGCUGUUCUGCCGGCGCUGUUUCAAGUACGACUGCGCCCUUCAUCCCUACAAGUCCACACAGACCAUGUGGAGUCAUCGUUGGUCCGUAAAGGCCGCUGGCCCUACAUGGCAGCCCUCCUUCCUGAACAAUACCUGGUGCUGUGUGCUGGCCGGACUCAUCAAGACGCGCACCUGCGUUGAGGUAAAUAUGACAAGACUUCACAGCCAGUCUCCGUGA